AUGGCAACUUUUCGACGUUUUCGGCCAGAUGAUAUCAAUAAAAUUUCGAAAUGCAACCUAGACCCUUUAACAGAAACAUAUGAGCUGGGAUUUUAUCUGCAGUAUUUUGCGAAGUGGCCUUCGCUUUUCCAAGUAUGCGAAGACAAAGAUGGCAAUGUCAUCGGAUACAUCAUGGGCAAGGUUGAGUCAUCACCAGACACAUAUAAAUACUCAGAACAUUACCUCCCUUGGCACGCGCAUAUCACCGCCCUUACUGUGGCACCGGAAGCUCGUAGACUAGGGAUUGGCAAGAUUUUGACCGAACAGCUGGAAUUGGCUGCAGAUGACAGCGACAGUUGGUUCGUGGACUUGUUUGUCCGCAAGAGCAACCACCGAGCAAUCGAGUUUUAUGAAUCGUUAGGGUAUAGCGUUUUUCGUGUGGUCAAAGAUUACUAUGGCGAUCAUGCAACGAACCCUAAUCAGGUUAGCGAGGAUGCCCUUGAUAUGCGGAAGCCGAUGAGAAGAGAUAGGAAUCGCCAGCACAUUCGCGAUAAUGGCGAGUGCCACUUAGUACACGCGGCGGACGUCUGGUGA